AUGGUAAGAAAUAACAAGGCUGCGAAAUUGGCAGAGUGGAUUGUUUGCAACUCAGCAUACGAACUUGAGCCAGCAGCAUUCACCAUGGCACCAGAGAUUUUACCAAUAGGCCCGCUUCUGGCAAGCAGCCGGCUUGGAAACUCAGCAUGCUACUUCUGGCCACAAGACUCAACUUGCUUACAGUGGCUGGAUCAACAGCCACCAUGCUCAGUCAUCUAUGUUGCAUUUGGCAGCACCACAGUUUGUGAUCAAACACAAUUCCAAGAACUGGCUCUGGCUCUUGAGCUGUCCCAAAGGUCAUUCCUCUGGGUUGUGAGGCCAGAUAUCACUGACAAAACAUCUGAUCCCUACCCAGAAGGAUAUCAAGACCGUGUGGCCUCUUGCGGUCUGAUGGUUGGUUGGGCACCUCAACAAAAGGUUCUAGCUCAUCCUUCCAUUGCUUGCUUCUUAAGCCACUGUGGUUGGAACUCUACAAUAGAAGGUCUAAGCAAUGGAGUUCCUUUCUUGUGCUGGCCAUACUUUUGUGACCAGUUCCUUAAUGAGAGCUACAUUUGUGAUGUCUGGAAGGUUGGGUUGAAGUUGAAAAAGAAUGAAAAUGGGAUCAUACCACAAGGAGAAAUCAAGAGCAAGGUGGAACAACUGCUUGGUGAUGAAAACUUCAAAGCAAGAGCUUCCAAACUGAAGGAAAUGGGCAUGACCAGUGUCAAAGAAGGUGGCCAAUCUCACAGGAUCUUGAAGAACAUUAUUGAAUGGAUGAAGACAUAG